UAAAUCGUCCGAAAUAUUAAAACUUUAGGGGCGAGUACUAUACAAGACCAUGCUUCAUGACGAACCUGCCUUUCGGCAACGCCCAGCCCAGGCCAGCUCUAUCCAGCCCCCGAGUCACUAGGUGGCCGAAUAAGGCAUUUGGCCGGAGACACUAAAAUCACGGAGCGGGCAUAAUAACCCCGCCGCGGAAAGCGCCCGGGACGGCGUGUCACCCGCUACCGAUGAGAGUAAAGGAGAGCCCCGGCCAAGGCUGCGGGACGGCGUCCAAAGAGGCCGAACGUGUGCAGGGUUCCUAUGAAGUAAAGCACGGAAUAUUACAUAUACGGUGACUUAGCGUGGUAUUGAAUGCACGGUUCCUCUAUGUCAGUUUGCGUGUGAUUAGGCGUCCGGUAGGUCCGGUCCCGUCCGGCGAUUAGAAAACUUUCCGGACCGCAUGAUUACUUACUAGCGUUAAUCUUAAUUUUAACCGCGGCUCUGUAAAUUGUAUCUGUUUGCCAAGUUCUGAUUAUUUUAGUCUAUGGUUCGUUGCAAUAAGUGAAAAUGCUUGUGGUGCGACAACAGAGUCGAUUAUAUACAGUGAAUCCUUGAGAAACACAAGUAGGUAUUUGGGCUAACUAGGAAGUUAGCGAAGUUAUGGUGCGGAGAUCAUGAAGCUCGUAUACCAGAAAAUAAAGAUACGCGGUUGCUGGCUACUGAGAUAAAGGUGACAUUGACGCUGGUCGAAAGUAUUAACUGUGUAUUGGUUCAGUUUGCCGAAAUAGCACCAGUGCGACUUCUUAAUAAUAUUUAUUAGGUUAUACUAAAAUGAGGUUUGUGAAAUGUGUAAUUGACGUUUAAUAUUUAUGAUCAGUGUUAAAUGGACACUCAGAACAGAUGAAUAGUGAAGUAGAUCUCUACAAAGCUGAGAUUCAUUCAACGGAUAAGACCUCUGCAAACAGGCCUUUCUAAUAUUAAAUCCGCACUAAGCUAAUGAAGUAUAUAAUAAUGUGUUAGAUUUCACAGGGUAUUAUUAGAUGUAAGUUUUAUGUGAGUACAUCGUAUUUAUAGGGGUUGCCAACUUUGGUCAACUAGCUGGCGUGAGAUUUUCAAGUCUGCGCACAAAUGCACAAAUACAUAUAUGUAAAAGUUUUCUUAGCUUGAAAGUAGUCUGUAUGGUAUUCGAACUGCCCAAAGCUAUUGAUGUAGCUAAUUUUAGGUUCAUAAUGGAAUAAUAUAGAUUUGCCGUAAGAUUUCUUGCAUGAGCGUUAGUCUGAAAUCGUGUCACGGCAGAUGCGUGAGAGUUGGCAUACCUGUGUUUUCAUUGGCGUUACAUCUUGUGUUUGCGUAUUCCAGUACCUUUGUGUACUUUAUAUUUACAACCCUUGGGUUAAUCCAAAUUAGGGCGUUAUGUGUUAUUAGAGUGCAACACCGUAACUUCCAGAGCAGGUGCUGAGAGGGACUGUGAAGUGUCUGGAUGUCUGAACAGUAGGCAAUCAUGCCCACUGACAGAGAGCCUUCAGUAGCUGCCAAAUUACUGCACCUCGUCUUUCUCUCUACUUUCUGGGGCAUGCAGAUUUGGGUAACCUUUAUUUCGGGCUUUGUGAUGGACAACAGUUUGAACAGACACACGUAUGGCUUCAUCCAGAGCCGACUGUUUCCAUUCUACCUCCAUAUUGGCUCUGCCUGUGCGUUUUUCAACCUCACCAUAUUUUCCAUGUACCACCCCUAUGAGCUGCUGAAUGAAAAGGACGCCUUCCAGCUCUUCAUUUUCUUUGUUUGUGUGACGGUAGCUGCAAUCAAUGCACAGUGGUUUGGCCAGAUGACUUCCGAAAUAAUGGCAGACAUGCACCUCAUUGAGCAAGCUUGUGGGCUUGGUCAGGACAUUGGGUUGUCCUCCAACCGCGAGGCCUAUGCCAGUCUGUGUGAGUCCGAUCCCAAGUACAAGAAGCUGACCAGUCGACUUUGGCUCUAUCAAAUCCUCUCUUCUCUCUGCAACCUCUGUUGUAUUGUAUGUAAUGGAUAUAGUUUGUAUUAUCUGGCAGAGAACCUUUCCACGCUGUAGGUUGAUGCUGAUUGGCUCGUUUUGUGACCCCUCCCAGUUUCAUCCUGCUCUAUGAUCUCCUUCAACAGAAAUUCCAGAAUAUUGUCUGUGUAAUCCGGUGUUACUGAUGCUGAUAUUUUCUGUAGUAAAAGUUUUGAAAUCAUUUGAUAUGUAUUAGAGUGAUAUUUUACUUUAUAUUAUUUUCAUCUGAUUAAUGAAGUAUGGCUGUUUUAGGUUCCAGAAAUUGCCUUUACUGCAGUAUAUCUAGAAAAAAAUAGAUAUUUAAUCCAUGAUAAGGUACAGAACUUUAAAAUUACUAGAGCAGAUCUCUACUUUGGAAAUACAUGUAGAAUUGAAUGUAUCUUUUACUGUAUAGUUUCUGUGUUCAGUUUUGUGCAGGAUGUCUGAAACAUAACAAUACUGCAAGGGACCGUUAACUUGGUUGUAGUCUGACUUCCUGAAAUUUCAUUGCGGUUUGGGAAUCUGAUGUUCAGACAUCCGCUAGAUUCUUUGGUAGUUGAAGAGCGCAAAGUUUAGUCCUCUAAUUGUGAUGGUAAUUCCUACAUAAAUUUAUACGUGAGCGAGGUUCUCGUACCUUAUGUUAAGUGGCAUGUUCAGCCAGUUUUUUUUGCAGUCAGUGGUUCACAUAGAGAUUCUCAAUUUUGUGAGAUUCUCACACAUUGUGUUUACAUAGAGAUUCUCAGUCUAGGACUAGACUGACUUUGUGGCACCCAGAGAAUAAGUCAAUAUUGUUGAGCUUCAGUUGUCCUAGAUAUGUGACCCAUCACCAUGAAAUGAGUCUUAUGGGUGUAUUUCUACCAGUGCGACUUAAGACUCAUUUCAUGGUGAUGGGUUACGUAUGGUUGCUAACUGAAAAACACUGGUUGCAAAACAGGGGGAAAACUAAUGGUAAUAGAAAAGGCAUAUUUUUAUUAAUAGAUAAAAGUGCAUUAACUAUCUGUACUGUAAAUUAGAUGAAUGAAAUUUUUAAAAAUAAAAACUUGACAAAGCUAAAAGCUGUAUGUUGCAUAACUGAAAGAAUAUUUCUCAAGUGGUUGUUUUUAUAUUGUAUCAACUAAAAUUCUUGGGAUCACUUUUUAAGUGGAAUUUUAAGUGAGAAAUUAAGUAUUGAAAAAAUCAGAUUAAAUCUACACAGCAUCCUGUGUAUUUGCUGUAAAUGCUACUUGUUGCAUGUCUUUCGUAAUUUUCAGCUGUAGUGGUUUAUCUAAUUAUGUUUUACAUCAAAGCUUAAAGUCACUUUGAAAAGAACGUGUCCGAGAUCUUGUUCUUAGCUAAACUCCAUGAAGAAAAAGCUGUCAACUUCUUAUGGAAAAUAAUAUAUUUAUGUCCACAAGUCAGAUUGUGCUUUAUAAUACCCUGAAUAUGUCUGUAAUUUGAUGUGCAGCUGAAAUAUGCUACUUUAAUGUUAUUUGUGUUGUACUCUGCAUUUCAAAUGUAUUUUUUUUUUUGUUGAAAAAGAUGAAUAGCUGUCCCCAUUUGCAAUCUACCUGGUUUCCUGUAAUUUGUUUCAGCAACUUUUCUGUGCAUUUGUGUAUGUGUGAAUCUAUGUAAAAUCAUAUAACUAUAGUGUGUUUAAUUUUUUCUUUCUUACAUGGACUCUAGCAAUGAAAAGACAUUUCUGUUGAUCACAUAGCUAGGCUAACUGCAAUAUGAGUGUAGGAUUUAGAACACAGGUCAGUGCCCAGUGUCAGCUUAGUUGAGUGUCUGUUUCUACAAUUUAUUGCAGAAUUCUUUGUGUGAAUGUACGUAGCCAAUAAUAAGCACCAUUCUCUCAUUCUAAACGUGUUCAGCAGGUCGUUGAAAAUACUGUAGAAUUUUGAAUGAAAGCUUAUGGAAUGUUACGUUAAGUUAGAUUUUUUUGGUCGUGUGUCAUAGGUGGAUGAUUUAUUUUUUUUUCAUGUAUUACAUUUUUGCUUUGACUUUUGUAUCAAAUAAAAGAACCCGAUUUUCUGGAAACCACC